AUGGCUGAUGUAUCCGCAAAAGAACAUAGCCAAGGGACACUUGUAAAUUUGGCAGGAUCUAUCGUUGGGAUUUUGAUACUUUUAUUGAUUAAUGAAAAGUUUUUUAUAUACGUGUGUCUUUUACUAGUCAUAGUCCACAUUGUUUCUAAUUACUUUGCGGUGACAUCACUAGAGUUAAAUACUCUUAAUGAAGAUCGUUUAUGCUUGAUAAUUGAAGAUUAUAUACUUAAUCAUACCAUGUCGAAUGUAGAAGACAUAAACAGUCGUGAAUCUGUGAUUAUCCUUUUAGAAAAGCCAGCAAAAAAAAUUUUUGGAUUUGAUAUUGAAAUUGGUGUAUCUUUUGAAUCAGUAUUAAAAAUGAAUUUGAUAAACACAAAGGAUGUUAGGUUUUUAUUAGCACUAUUUCAGCGGAGAAAAUAUUUGCCUGUAAUGGAUCUUAAAGCCAAGAAGAUUCAUAUAAUUUUAUCAAAAGAUGCAGAUGAUGAUAUCAUAUUAAAAGCAUAUUUUCAUUGCUGUGUUUAUGCAAUGAUAACUAGUAGAAUGAUAGGAUUUUGUCCACGAGUGUUAGCUAAAAAAAAAUGGAGUGGACCAUCAUACCCAUUAAUGAGAAUACUAAUGUUUCCUGAAAGAUUUUCUUUGAUACUGAGUGAACACGAUUCACAAGUAUCUGCAGAAUUUGUAUCUGCAGUGGAUGAAGUUGUUUUUGAAGAAUGUUACAUGUUUAUUAAACUACUAGAUGACAGUGCAUGGGUAGUAAAAGCUAAUAUGCUACCUAUCAAACCUUGGAGAGGAGCAUGGAAGUAA